UGCACUGGGUGGGGAGAGAGUGAGAGUCACAAGUUCGCUUCGGUUGUAUGCAAUGUGGACACGGAAGGGUGAGCUUGAAUUUAUAGUUUUGUUUAUGACGUGUGCCAAUAUUGCAGUUUGUGUUUCUAAAUUUGAGACUAAUGUGUGUGUUUUGAUUCUGUUUGGGUGUUUUUGUAUGUGUUAGACGUACAGUGAGGGAAAAAAGUAUUUGAUCCCCUGCUGAUUUUGUACGUUUUCCCACUGACAAGGACAUGAUCAGUCUAUAAUUUUAAUGGUAGGUUUAUUUGAACAGUGAGAGACAGAAUAACAACAACAAAAAAUCCAGAAAAACGCAUGUCAAAAAUGUUAUAAAUUGAUUUGCAUUUUAAUGAGGGAAAUAAGUAUUUGACCCCUCUGCAAAACAUGACUUAGUACUUGGUGGCAAAACCCUUGUUGGCAAUCACAGAGGUCAGACGUUUCUUGUAGUUGGCCACCAGGUUUGCACACAUCUCAGGAGGGAUUUUGUUCCACUCCUCUUUGCAGAUCUUCUCCAAGUCAUUAAGGUUUCGAGGCUGACGUUUGGCAACUCGAACCUUCAGCUCCCUCCACAGAUUUUCUAUGGGAUUAAGGUCUGGAGACUGGCUAGGCCACUCCAGGACCUUAAUGUGCUUCUUCUUGAGCCACUCCUUUGUUGCCUUGGCCGUGUGUUUUGGGUCAUUGUCAUGCUGGAAUACCCACCCACGACCCAUUUUCAAUGCCCUGGCUGAGGGAAGGAGGUUCUCACCCAAGAUUUGACGGUAUAUGGCCCCGUCCAUCAUCCCUUUGAUGCUGUGAAGUUGUCCUGUCCCCUUAGCAGAAAAACACCCCCAAAGCAUAAUGUUUCCACCUCCAUGUUUGACGGUGGGGAUGGUGUUCAUGGGGUCAUAGGCAGCAUUCCUCCAAACACGGCGAGUUGAGUUGAUGCCAAAGAGUAGUUCUGGGCUUAUUCCUCACCGUUCUCAUGAUCAUUGCAACUCCACGAGGUGAGAUCUUGCAUGGAGCCCCAGGCUGAGGGAGAUUGACAGUUCUUUUGUGUUUCUUCCAUUUGCGAAUAAUCGCACCAACUGUUGUCACCUUCUCACCAAGCUGCUUGGCGAUGGUCUUGUAGCCCAUUCCAGCCUUGUGUAGGUCUACAAUCUUGUACCUGACAUCCUUGGAGUGCUCUUUGGUCUUGGCCAUGGUGGAGAGUUUGGAAUCUGAUUGAUUGAUUGCUUCUGUGGACAGGUGUCUUUUAUACAGGUAACAAGAUGAGAUUAGGAGCACUCCCUUUAAGAGUGUGCUCCUAAUCUCAGCUCGUUACCUGUAUAAAAGACACCUGGGAGCCAGAAAUCUUUCUGAUUGAGAGGGGGUCAAAUACUUAUUUCCCUCAUUAAAAUGCAAAUCAAUUUAUAACAUUUUUGACAUGCGUUUUUCUGGAUUUUUUGUUGUUAUUCUGUCUCUCACUGUUCAAAUAAACCUACCAUUAAAAUUAUAGACUGAUCAUUUCUUUGUCAGUGGGCAAACGUACAAAAUCAGCAGGGGAUCAAAUACUUUUUUCCCUCACUGUAUCAGAUUAAUAUUUAAUAUUGUGUGUUCAUAUAUUGUCUUUCAUGUUGAAACUCACAUCUCACUAACUUUAGUUAUUGUCUCUUGUUUUACCUAUGUAGGCACAGGGCUGUUUGUGAUGGCCGUGUCUCAGUGGAUGUUCUGUGCUGCAGUGCUGCUCCUCCUCAUCCAGGGGCUCCAGUGUUCUCCCACUCCCCCUGCUUGUCCUGAGCCCUGCCUUUGUCAGAGAGGUCUGCUAAACUGUUCCUCCAUUGGCCUUUCCCAGGCCCAACAACAUAUUCCAUCCACUGUCACUGAACUAGAUCUAUCCCACAACCUGCUGAACUCCCUUACCCCCUCGUGGCCAAGUUGGGGGCUUAAGAAUCUAUGGCUUGGACACAACAGCAUCACACACCUGUCUCUGUGUGUUCGGAGGACCUGGAGGGGUAAACAUUGGAAAGUCCCCCUCUCACAUAGCAGAGGGAGAUGUGUGUCCUGGGCCCCGGCUCUGCAGCUGCUGUCUGCUGAGAUGAACCAGCUAGAGAUGAUCCCUGAGGGUGAGUCUCUUUCACACACACUCACACACAAAUACAUAAGGAAUUGCUUCGCUGUACUAUAGAUGUAGUUACACUAAUCAUGAACAGGUGACUUUGCCUAACACAUAAAUAAGCACACAUGCUCACACACACGCAUUCACACCCAUACUCUUAUGAAUGAUUAUCCUUAAUAAUUAGGACCUUGCUCUAUUAGAAAAUUAUUAAACCAGCCCUGCCAAUCACAAAAUGAAUUUGACAAAUCAUUGCACAAUCUUCAGCCAAUCCUAGAGGCUAUUUACUGACAUUCCAAUGGCUCAUAAGAGGGUGUAAAAGUGCAAUGAUUGUGUUUUAAAAGAGGGCAACGCCUCAAUCAUCAUUUUAAAGUAGUAUUUAAUCUCUAUUUGUUAACAUUCCAUCAGAGGAGUUGAACCUUUGUGUUUUAUAUGUAUUCACUGGUGAUUGUGAGUGUUUUCUCCUAGUUUGAGGUUUGUGAGGACUGUGGGCAGUUAUGUGAGCUCUAUGAGACAGACAGAGUGCUCUCUAUGCUGCUUGAUAUUCUGCUCACAGUCUCUCAGUGCUCCUCUAAUGAAGCCCAGACCCACAAUGUCUCACUUCAGCUUAGCAGUCUCAGCCUAGUGAAAAGAGGAGACCGCAGGAGAGACUGAAUAUCAUAGUGUGAAAUAAGUGCUGUCAACAGAAACUGCUUGGCUUUAAUCAAUCAUAACAGUACACAUAUUUCUACCCAACCCCAGUGAUUUGUUUGUAGUCCCGGGCAGUGGUGUAAAGUACUUAAGUACAAAUACUUUAAAGUGCUACUUAAGUCAUUUUUGGGGGGUAUCUAUACUUUACUAUUUAUAUUUUUGACAACUUUUACUUUUAAUUCACUACAUUCCUAAAGAAAAGAAUGUACUUUUUACCCCAUUCAUUUAUCCUGACACCCAAAAGUACUUGUUACAUUUUGAAUGCUUAGCAGGACUUGAAAAUGGUCCAAUUCACACACUUAUCAAGAGAACAUCCUUGGUCAUCCCUAUUGCCUCUGAUCUGGCAGACUCACUAAACACAAAUGCUUUGUUUGUAAAUUAUGUCUUAGUGUUGGAGUGUGCUCCUGGCUAUCCGUAAAUAAAUACAAAACAGGAAAAUUAUGGCGUUGGUUUGCUUAAUAUAAGCAAUUUGAAAUGAUUUAUACUUUUACUUUUGAUACUUAAGUAUAUUUUUGGGUAACACUUUACUUGACACCCAGUGUCAUAACACAAUAUGACAUGCUUAUAACCAUGUCAUAAUAUGUCAUAACAGCUGACAUAACGUGUCAUAACCUGUCAUAAUAUGGUCAUAACACUGUCAUGACCCAUAUAUUUACACCCGUUGUGACAUAUAUUGCGUUAUUUUAUGGCUGGUUAUGAGACCACAUUUAUUCAAAUUAGUUUGUCCCCUGCCAAGAAGUUUCCUUCUGUUUAAAAGUUAGUUUCUUAAAUCCUUUGUUGUUGGUGGAAUUAAUUAUUUAGUCAUGUUUUUUUUUUCAUCAUAUUUUAAAUAGCUUGUAGAAAAUGCACUUUAUGGCACCGUCAUGAAGCAUUAUGACCAUCCUGUGUCAUUUUACUAGGACUAAGAAAAUACACUUUAUGACACUGUCAAGAAGCAUCAUAAUCAUAUAAGCUAGAUAGGCCUAUCACAUACAUGCCCUUAUGUCAGUCAUCAGUUAAAAAGAGGGUGUCUUGUCCUGUUCCUUAAAUCUGCUCCUGCAUUCAUCCCAGUCAUCAGCAACAGAGCAUUGGGGUGUGCGCAAUUACAAUUAUAAUUUAAUAUGGUCAAUAAAAAAACAAAUAUAUACAACACAAACAUACUGUUGACACGUAGGCUAUGAUGUAAUGGAAUGUUUUGCCUUGUGUGGUAGGUUUUGUGGAUUUUGACACUUAUGUAGGUGUCAUAACCAGCCAUACAAUAACUACUGUGGUAGGUUUUGUGGGUUUUUACACUCUUUUGUAGGUGUCAUAACUAGCCAUAAAAUAACGCAAUAUAUGUCACAACAGGUCUAAAUAUGUGUCAUGACAGUGUUAUGACCAUAUUAUAACAGGUUAUGACAAGUUAUGUCAGCUGUUAUGACAUAUUAUGACAUGGUUAUGACCGUAUCAUAAUGUGUUAUGACGCUAGGUGUCAAGUAAAGUGUUACCACCAAAUACUUUUAGACUUUUACUCAAGUAGUAUUUUACCGGGUGCCUUUAACUUUUACUUGAGUCAUUUUCUAUUAAGGUAUCUUUACUUUUACUCAAGUAUGACGAUUGGGUACUUUUUCCACCACUGGUCCCAGGACAGAAUAUUCAGUGUAUAGUUAAAAACAAAAUGGUUACAAGUACUCUACAAUGUUAUUGUCAAUUACUCAAAUACUGUUGGCCCCAGGUCUUGUUAUACAUUCUAGUAAAAAGACCACUGGGUCAUUAUGUUAUCACCACACCGUAGAAGUGUCACCAUAAUGGCCCAGGGAAGUAAACACUACAGUGUGUACACUAGAGUAAAUUAUAUUAUUAUAUAUUAUAUUAUAGAGUAAACAGUGGGAGGAAACCCUAUCAGUGCCUGUAGUUCAGUCCUGACAGGUAUAGGCAGCAGUACGGACAUGUAAGGGCAGGUAUUCAUUCAUCUCAGGCUGGUAUGCUGCUCGUAAAGCUCUAGGAGGAAUGUCAGGCUGCUGCCCAUGUAUAGAACAGUACAAAGGUGAGCAGGGGACUCACACCUUUCAAAUACCAUCCUCUGUGCAUUUAUACAGAGGACAAACACGGGCCGUCCCAGUCAUCUGUGUAAUUACACCACUGUUACUCUAAUGUGUUUGUCUUUUGUUUUUCAGGCCUGGGAGGCAGUGAGUUGCUACAGGUGCUGCAGCUCUCCCACAACAUGAUCUCUGACCUGCGACCUGGAGACCUGAGCAGGUGCCCCCUUCUGAGAGAGCUCCACCUGCAGCACAACCGUAUCUCCAGCCUCCACCCACUGGCACUCAGGGACCUGCCGGAGCUCAGGGUAACUAUACACACCAGCCAUUUUGUUAUCCUUUUCUUCCCACCUGACCAGAUUUUUGAUAUUCAUGUUCAUAAUGUCAUCCUUCAAGGUCCUGGAUCUGAGCUUCAACUUGUUGACCACGAUCACUCCAUCAGCCUACCUGACGCUGCGUAAACUGAAUGCCCUGGUGGAGGUGAGUGGGAACAGGUGGAGGUGUGACUGCAGCCUGCGGAGCUUGAGGAGGAAGAUGACCUAUGACAGGGACAGGGCCCUGCAGCAGACCUGGAGGGGGGUGAUGUGUUCCUCCCCCUCCACCCACGCAGGUAGAGACCUGUUACACCUGGAGGACAGUGACCUCACCUGCUCUACUGCUGAGAACAGGGUGGGGCUCCACCAGGAUGUGACAGCGGAUAAAGGGACAGAGAUCCUGCUGCCCUGUGGCUCUUCAAAGGAAGGUAACACACUUCUUUCAUUUCUGAUACAUUACACCAGGGUACUUAAUUGUUACCCAGAAAUAAUUUGAUAUUGAUAUAAAAACAGCUGCAUUGGACCUUUCAUUUCUGUUUGUGUGUGAUGAGUAUAUGGCUAACAACCAUAAGAAUUGUAAUCACGCUUGGCUUUAUAACAGUAUCCCACUGUUUGUGAUUUGUUCUAGAUUCAACAUGGUGGACGCCCAAUGGACAAGUUCCUGGGAGCCAGGCAGGCCUGCUGAUCAGUGAUAUCACAGAGCGAGAUGCAGGACUGUACGUGUGCGUCUCUGGGCCAGACGAGGAGUCUGUGUCUGUAUUCGACCUGCGCGUUCACAAGACACAGAGGAAAACCAGAGACACUAGGAGUUUACACAGGGAGCGGCUACAGAUUAACCCAGAGUUAGGCAGCAUCCAGAGGGAAAGUCAGGAGACAGACCUGAACUCUCUAGACCUCCACAGGGCUAUCCAGAGAACACAGUCUGACCUGGUCCUGGCUGUCUGCCUGUCUGUGUUCAUCACCUUCCUGGUAGCAUUUGUACUUGGUGCUCUGACCAGACCUCUCCUGGACGCUCUCUGGAGGAGGUGCUGUAGGUGCUGUAACCGUACCAAGCAAAGCCCCUCCCCACCCGAGUCGGUCUCCUAUGCUGGGCGGGCCCCCUACGACAACGAGGCCUAUUCAGAUGAGGAGGAGCAGGAGGAACUAGGGACACACAGGGAGAGGAGAGUGACAUUUAGCGGCCAUCCUUCAGAACUAAGGGAUCAGAAUAGCAUUCCAUACUAUGAUACUGUGGCCAAUGGCAGACAGGACAACCUUGUUGGGGAAUAUGAUGCAACAUAUGAGAAUGUUCAGGAGAAGGAUACCUCACACCCCUCCCUUGAGGUCUAUCACCCGCCUGAGGAGGAGAAGCCUAGGGCACGGGACUCAGUCAGCUCAGGAAGCUCCCAACAUGACAGCCCAGAGACAGACACUCACAGUAGAGACAGAGACCUCUCUGAUAUCUCUCUGGGUGAACCACAAGGGGGCGCUUACCCAGUCCAUACCCACGGCAUGGAGUUUAAAUCCAUCCCUGACCCAGAUGAGUUGCAGGGGUGUCGAAGCUCAUCUGUGUCUUCACACUCUGACCAGGACAGUCCAGAUAGGGGUCAGGAUAUGGACUGGCCCAAAGACAAUUUGGCUCAGAGAUUGGAGGAGGCGCACAAGACCCGGAAUAAUCCCUGGGAGCGUCAAUCCCCCCAGAAGGAAGACGACUCCUUUGAGCGGAGUUCAGAUGUACCUACGGUUAAACCAGUUGAUGUGCCACAGAUCAAUAUUGGCAGAGUGGGUGAGAUCCCUGGAUUUACCGCUGAGCCCUUUGCUGAUUGGAAAUCAAACAUGGCAGAUCCCAACCCAAUGGAUCCUGAGCUGUGGAACGACAGCGGAGAGAGCUUUGAGUUCCCUGAUUCCAUCCGAAGUGCAUCGGCACGGUCCAGUAGUCAAGAUCUCUCAGGUUCUGCUUUUGCCGAUCAGUUGAGAAAAGAGUAUGAACAAGCGCAGAAUAAAGAAACGCUUGUAAAAGACCAGAGGGAGAAUGAUAAGUCUAGCUCCAGCAGCUCAAGUGACAGUGGCAAUGAACCUACAGAGUACACUGUGAACCCAGAGACGAAGGUAGUGAAGGAGAAGGAGAUUGUCCAGGAUGCACUGCUUACACAUGAUAGCACCCCAGACCCUGCUGCAGUGAACCCCUAUCUCAAAAAUGAUGUCAGUUCGGAUACGCAGCACUAUAAGGACCCAGUCAGUCCCUCUCCAGAUGAGGAAGGAUUUAAUGUGAGUGAACUGAGACAGAAAGUUCAACGCUCUCCUGUGUUUUCAGAGCACUCUGAUUCGUCCAGUGAUUGUAGGGAUGAACCCACAAAGUACACAUUAAACAAGGAGAGCGAUGAGGAAGAGGAGGAUGAAGCUCAAGUCCCAGAUGUCACACACAAAGAUCCAUCUCUCAGUCUUGGAGAUAUUAAUGUAUCUUUGGCCCCAAGGAAAGCUCUCAAUAUUGGCUUCUCCAAGGAGGGUUUUCAAUAUCAACCAGAGCCUGAGACCAGGUCGACUGGCUUGGAUCUAACCACCCAGAGUGCAAUCAGCACAAAGGAGCCCCUUCCCCAACCUUCAUUGCCCUCAGAUGUGGCAAGGGAUGAAGACCCACCAGUUUCAGUCUACAUCCCCAGACUCAGUAAGCGUCUAGAUAUCCAGCCUCCUCAGAAAGCUUCACCUGCUCCCCCAAAAACACCACCAACCUCUGAAUCCUCUUCCAGCAGUGAGAGUAAAGAUGAGACUACAGAUAACUCAGUGAAACUUGACAGAGAGGUCCCAGAUGUCUCACAUAAUAAUUCAUUUCUCAGUCUUGGAGACAUUAAUGUCUCUUUGGCGCCAAGGAAAGCUCUCAAUAUCGGCUUCUCCAAGCAAGGUUUUCAAUAUCAACCAGAGCCUGAAAACAGGUCGACUGGCUUGGGUCUUUCUUUCCAGAGUGCCAUCACCCCAAAGGAGCCUUCAUUGCCCUCAGACGGGACAACGGCUGGAGAGUCUCCAGCUCCAUUCUAUAUCCCCAGCCUCAGGAGACGUCUGGAUAUUCAGCCUCCUCAGGACACUCCACUUGCUGCUCCACAAACACCACCACCCUCUGGUUCACCCUCUUCCAGCAGUGAGAGUGAGGAUGAGACUACAAUUAAUCAGAAGAGAGAGGAGAUAGCUAAGGUCCCAGAUUCAUCUUUCAUUCCCGCAGGCAUUGAUGUCUCUUUUGCUCCAAGGAAAGCACUCAAUAUUGGCUUCUCCAAGGAGGGUUUUCAAUAUCAAUCAGAGCCAAAUUCGUCUGGCAUGGGCCUAACCUCCCAGAUUGCCAUCAGUACAAAGCAGCCCCUUCCCAAAUCUUCAAUUCCCUCAGAUGGGACAAGGGAUGAAGAGUCUCUAGUUCCACUCUAUAUCCCCAGAUUCAGGAGACAUGUGGAUAUUCAGCCUCCUCAGGAGACUCCACCUGCUGCCCCACGAACACCACCACCCUCUGGUUCGUCCUCUUCCAGCAGUGAGAGUAAGGAACUUGACAGAGAGGUCCCAGAUGUCACACACAAGGAUCCAUUUCUCAGUCUUGGAGACAUUAAUGUCUCUAUAGCCCCAAGGAAAGCUCUCAAUAUCGGCUUCUCCAAGGAGGGUUUUCAAUAUCAACCAGAGCCUGAGACAAGGUCGCCUAGCUUGGGUCUCUCCUCUCAGAGUGCUAUCACCCCAAAGGAGCCGCUUCCCCAAAAUCGAUUGCCAGAAGGGACAAGGGCUGGAGAGUCUCCACUCGAUAUCCCCAGCCUCAGGAGACGUUUAGAUAUUCAGGCCCCUCAGGAAACUCCACCUGCUUCCCCAGGUUCACGCCCACCUGCUGGUUCAUCCUCUUCCAGCAGUGAGAGUGAGGAUGAGACUACAAUUAAUCAGAAGAGAGAGGAGAUAGCUAAGGUCCCAGAUUCAUCUUUCAUUCCCGCAGGCAUUGAUGUCUCUUUUGCUCCAAGGAAAGCACUCAAUAUUGGCUUCUCCAAGGAGGGUUUUCAAUAUCAAUCAGAGCCAAGUUUGACUGGCAUGGGUCUAUCCUCCCAGAUUGCCAUCAGUACAAAGCAGCCCCUUCCCAAAUCUUCAAUUCCCUCAGAUGGGACAAGGGAUGAAGAGUCUCUAGUUCCACUCUAUAUCCCCAGAUUCAGGAGACAUGUGGAUAUUCAGCCUCCUCAGGAGACUCCACCUGCUGCCCCACGAACACCACCACCCUCUGGUUCAUCCUCUUCCAGCAGUGAGAGUGAAGAUGAGACUACAAUGAACCAAAAAAGAGAAGAGGAGAAAGCUAAGGUCCCUGAAGUCACAUAUAAGUAUCCAUCUCUCAGUCCUGGAGACACACCCAUUAAUGUCUCUUUUGUUCCAAGGAAAGCUCUCAAUAUUGGCUUCUCCAAGGAGAGUUUUCAAUAUCAACCAUCAGAGUCAAAGUAUGAGAGUAUCACCACCACAAAUGAUAGAGGCUUUCAGGAAGACACCAAGCCUGCUCCCAAACUGUCUUUGCCCAAAACAUCAAGCCUUUCCUCCGCCUCCUCAGACAGGGCGAGAGCUGAGGAGCCACCAGUUCCACUCUACAUUCCUGGACUCCGGAGGCAUCAGAAUAUCCAGCCCUCUCAGGAUGCUCCACUUGCCAAAUCGUCCUCUGCUAGCAGUGAGAAUGGAGAUGAGCUUACAGAACACACAAAGAAACCAGGGAGAGACGUCACAGAUUUCUCGCUCAGUCCUGGGGACACACCCAUUAAUGUCUCCUUCACCCCAAGAACUGCUCUCAAUAUCGGCCUUUACAACCCAGCCAGUACCACAGAUGAGGUAGAGAGGAAGACCGGAGCAGAGGACAGGUGGGAUAGGCCAGGGCUUGGUGGUCUGAAGGCGCUGUCAGAGACACAAAGGUGGGACACAAAGGACAGUUCUACAAACAUGAAUGUUUCUUUCUCUCAAAUGAGUGCUCUCAAUAUCAACUCAGACAGCAGCACAGAUGAGGUGGGCAGGAGAGCCAGAGCAGACUACAGCAGCCCCUUUCUAGAGGGCACCAUUAGCAGAAAGGACGGAGGCUUUGAGGAAGAAACCAAUCCCUCUCUCAAACUGUCUUUGCCUAAAACAUCACGUUUUUUCUCCACUUCCACUGAUGAGGCGAGGCAUAGAGAGUCUCCACUCCAAAUCCCCCGCCAUAGGAGGCGUCUAGUUGUAGACAUUCAGCCCCCCCUGGCUCCACCUGCUGCCCCAGGAACACCAUCACCUUUCCCAGAGGGAGAAGAGGCAGCUGGUUCUGGAUGGAAGAGCAGGGGACAACAGAGGAGGAGAGCCAUGGAUGGAUUUGGCCGUACCGCCAUGACACAGGAAGAUGAGGGAGAGAGGAGCUAUAUGGGGUUAUUGGCUGCUAAACCAUUCGGCACAGCUCGUCAGUAUCAGAGCAUUACCUCAGAGACCAUUAUGACCACACAGCAUAGUGAGAUCUCUGAGAGGGAUGGUUCUGACCUGACCUUCUCCACUGUGAGACACAGUGAGGCU